AUGGAGCGGCGGAGGACACGUGGGGGGCUCGGCGGAGAGGGCCCCACCCUGCAGAGUUGCCUGGUGCAUGGGCACGGCGCAUCGUCCCUGUUUAAGUGGAUCGGGAAAACGAUUCGUUUUUGCACAAAACACCCUGUCGUUUGGAUUAUUCAACCCGCGGUCCGAGCAAAUUUGGGUAAAAAAAAACACGACCAAAGGAGGAGAACGGGCUCGCCUCCUCUCCCUCUCGCUCAAGUCCUCGCCGCCGCCGCCACCACCCACGCCGGCAGCUUCCGGCGAGCUCCGACGCCGCGCAGCACGCCCCCCAACUCCCCACAGUCCGCUCCUCCCUACCCUCCGGCCAGAUUCUCCGCUCCCGGCCUCUACCGCCCGCUCGAAACGCCACCCCCAUGGCUAGGGUUUCGGGCAGGGCUUCGCCGGCGCGUCUCCGGCGGCCCAGAUGCAGAUGGAGCACGCCAUGGGAAUUCCCCAUCCACCAUGGUCGCCGCCAUCAAGGGCUUCUUCACGGAGAUGUGGAGGACGCCAUGGACCUGCAGCUCCAAGGUCAACAGGGAGGAACCCUAGCCAUAAGCACCUCCUCGGAUGACGCCUCUGCUACACCAAGAUAGGUCAAGCAACCCCCAUCUACUCUCUGUCUCUCCCAUUAGCACAAGUCCAGUUUUAUUUUGAACAAAAUUCUGCUACUACACAAACAAGUCCAUUAACAGAUCUAUUUUUAUUUAAUUGAUAUCCUUCCAAACACAAACAGUGUAUAUAUGAUGUGCUAUUUUCAUUUUUGAGCUUUUAUUUGUAAGCU